AUGGCUGCCACUGGGGUCUGUACUGUUCACCAGCCACUGGUAGGGAUUGCUGUUCACUGCAACACUGCUCCAGCAUUGCUGCCACUUCCCUUUGUCCUGAGGGUCUCCAGGUACCUGAGGGUCGAGGAAAACUGCCAGCUAGAUCAAAAGGCUGAUGUGUCACCUGUGGAUGAAGAUCGUAACUAUAGAAGAAAAGAAAUCUUGAUCUAUAGAAAUAGAAUCAAUGAUCUUGAAAAAGAACUUCAAAGAACAUUUCGUUAUUACCAGGAAGAGAUUGCUUCUGUUCAGAAAGAAACCCACAGUAAUUGGUUGGCAGCUUGUAUUGCUGAAAGAAGCCUGAAUGAUUUGAAGCAAGAAAAUAAAAGGAAAAUGUACCUGAGGGUCGAGGAAAACUGCCAGCUAGAUCAAAAGGCUGAUGUAUCACCUGUGGAUGAAGAUCGUAACUAUAGAAGAAAAGAAAUCUUGAUCUAUAGAAAGAGAGUUGAAGAUCUUGAACAAGAAUUAGAUAGAACCAUUCGUAAUUCUCAAAGAUUGAUACUUUCUUAUGAGAAAGAAGCACAUAUCAAUUGGUGGGAUGCUUAUACUGCUGACAGAAACCUGAAUGACUUAAAGAAAGAAAUGACUUCUGAUAUGCCAAUUUUAUCUGACGGUGAGUUGGAAACGUUACAAAAAGAUUCUUACGUGCUUGAAAUUCCAGCUUUGAAAGGAUAA